AUGGUGAUUACUACUAGAAUUAGAAAGAAAACUAAAAUACAAAAAAAAACUAAAAAAACAAAAGAUAAUAAUGAAUUGGUUGAUUUCAAAAAUCAAAUUAAUCAACUCAUAUUUUGUCGAUGUUGUAAAAAAAAAAGCAAAGAAAAAAAAAGGAGACAACACAGAGUGAAUAAUAUUGUUGAUAAUAAUGAUUCCAAUAAUGAUGAUGAUUGCAUAUUUUCUUUUUUUUGUUCUCUCUCCCUUUUACAAAAAUGUGGGGAGAUUUUUUUUAUUUGUGACUGGUUAGAAUUUUCUUUUGGUUUCUGGUUCUCCGAUUGUUUCUCUCCCUCCCUAAAAAAUCGCUGCCAAAAAGACAGAACCUAUACGGUUCUCCUCAUUUAUUGGUUGCAAGAAAAUAAUUGUUGUUUUUAUUCUUUCCCCAAAUUUAUUCAGCCAACAAAUGAUACCAUCUAUUUCUGA